GCAUGCGUACUUGUCGUUCUUGUUGAUGCCGCAAUGGCGACCUUGUUGGUCGUUUUGAAUGACCGAGAAAAAAAACACACCUGACGCACUGAACACACGAGAAAAAAGCAACUCAACGCAGCCAAUGUAUCUAUAAGUAACCACAGAUGGCUGAGAUAUUCCGAUCCGCGCUGAGCUACAUCAGCCAAACUGGCAAAGACAACGAUUUUGUCGGCCAAUUCGUUGAACUUGGGCCUUUAGAACUUAAGAUCAAACGUGUUAUCGCAGAGGGUGGUUAUGGAUUUGUGUUUGUGGCGCAAGAUGGGAAAACAGGCAAAGAAUACGCUUUAAAGAGGCUUAUGGCUGGUGAUGAAGCUGCCAACAAAAACAUCCUUCAAGAGAUAAACAUGCUUAAGCGUUUGCGAGGGCAUCCAAAUGUGGUCCAGUUCUACUCUGCGGCAUCAUUAGGAGAGAAGGAGUCAGGCCACGGCAUGACUGAAUACUUAAUUCUCACAGAGCUUUGUACAGGUGGGGAAAUGAUAAAAAUUCUACAAGAGAGGGAUGGUCAGCCAUUUUCUCCUGAUCAGAUUCUCAGGAUCUUUUAUCAACUGUGCCGUGCUGUAUCUCACAUGCACAAGCAAAGUCCACCCAUCAUCCACAGAGAUCUCAAGAUUGAGAAUAUGUUGAUAGGAUCAAAAGGACAAAUUAAACUUUGUGACUUUGGAAGUGCAACCACAGAACCUCUUACACCAGAUGAUUCUUGGACCGCUUUGAAUAGAAGUUUAGCUGAAGAUGAGAUACAAAGAAAUACAACACCUAUGUAUAGGGCUCCAGAAAUGGUUGAUCUCUACAGUAAUCUGCCAGUAACAGAGAAAGCAGACAUUUGGGCAUUAGGAUGCGUCUUAUUCUAUUUAUGCUUCAUGGAGCAUCCAUUUGAAGACUCUGCUAAACUUAGAAUCAUCAAUGCUAAAUACACCAUACCAGAAAUGGACAGGGAAUAUACAAUGUACCAUGACUUAAUAAAUUCCACCCUUGUGGUUCAUCCAGAGGACCGACCCUGCAUAAGGGAUAUCCUAACACAACUAGAGGCUUUGGCUGCAGCUAGAAGCGUGGACCUUAAAGCACCUGUGGCUGAAGGCUUUAGCAGACCAGCAUCACAGUCAGGCCCUAUAUCCCCAACUAGUGCACCCAGCAAUAAUAGCAUACAGAGCACAAGUAACGCCAGCAACAGUGGAAACUCCGUCCUGUUGGGUGGCGUGAUGAAGGGAGCAAACAGUCUUUUUAGCAACAUUAAGGGGAUCUCCAACAAAGCCUUCCAGUCUAUGGCUGGGUAUGUGAAGAAUGACCUUGAUUUAUCCUACAUAACUUCAAGAAUCAUAGUGAUGUCUUUCCCUGCUGAAGGCAUUGAAUCAACAUACAAGAAUAACAUAGAUGAUGUCCGAGAAUUCCUUGAGGCCAAACAUUAUGAACAGUACUUUGUUGUUAACGUGUCACCAAGAAACUACAGAGCUGACAAACUAAGCACAAGGGUUCUCCACCAGUGCUGGCCUGUAAACAGACUCCCUCCCCUAGAGAGCAUAAUUUCUUUGUGCCGGAAAAUCUUUGUCUGGUUAAAGAAGGACAGCAGCCGUGUUAUCGUUAUCCACUGCAUGGAUGGUCGUGUCGCUUCUGGUGUGCUCGUUUCUGCAUUCUUUGUGUUCUGUAAGCUUUUCAAGAACCCCAAUGGGGCGGCUGACAUGUUUAGCAUUCGGCGGUGUGGCAUCGGUCAAAAAGUGGCUCUUACACCUUCCCAAGAAAGGUAUCUUCUGUACAUCGCAGAACUUAUCAACAAUCCUUCAAUGAAGCCACAGAAGAACUCCCUCUACAUCAAGUCUGUGACGCUAAAUCCAGUACCAGCAUUCAACAAAGCCAGGAAUGGCUGUCGCCCAUUUAUCGAGAUGUACCAAGGAAACCAGAGGGUGCUUACGACUGUACAAGAGAUUGAGAAAAUGAGGGAGUUCACCCUGAGCGAUGGUAAGGUGACAUUCCCGGUAAACCUGACCCUACAGGGUGACGUCACUAUCAUCGUGUAUCACGGUCGCUCCACCCUGGGGGGCAAGGUACAGGGAAAGAUGGCUUCCAUGCGGGUUUUCCUGCUGCAGUUCCACACUGGGUUCAUCAACCCAAACGCCACCAAGCUCAAAUAUUCCAGGGAAGAGCUUGACAUUGCCAAGGAGGACGUGGUGAAAUUUUCAAGUAGGUUUGCUAUGACUUUGGACGUGACCAUUGACACCGACCAGGCAGCCACCACCACACACACCUGGGAUACCCUUAACCCGGCCAGGAAUACACCAACCGUCUGCUUUACCAGCAAGGAGGAGUUCCUGGAGUGCCAGGAGGAGUUUGUGAAUGCGGACGAUCGCGAGUCAUCGAUAGUCUUCAACUCUGGACAGAACAGCCAAUCAGAACCACUCUCCCAGUCCCCAGGAACAGACUCCCCCACUGAAACCACGGCAACAGAAGACACAGCUCCCCAAAGUAAACCUAAAGCGGGCGAUAUUUUCACGAAUAUAGAUUGGCGCGAUCAAGGCGCCAUCCCCGAGACAAGACCAUCAGCAAGUGACGACAGUGACGACGAGUUCACCCGAGAACUCUUGAAUCUCCGUAGCACUAGCGACUCCCCCACUCCCGAAGAGGCUGCAGAAGCAGUUGAAGAAGACUUUUUCAAUGAGCGGAAUGGAAGUGGGAACGAGGAACUAGACUUAUUUAACUUCCCAGCGAAUUCGAACGGACUUCCUUCCAACGACCCCCAGGAAAGGUUCGACCCGUUUGCUGAUUUCCAGUCCUCUGCACAGGGACAAGCACAGGCGGAUUUACUAGAUAGCAAGUCGAGUGGCGGGAAUACCGUUCACGUAGACUUGUUGAAUCUCGGGGGUCAUUCGUCUAACGGUCCUAGUGCUGAUACUAGGCCAGCUGAAGUUACGGGUAUAGAUCUGCUCAAUCUCUCCCCUGGACCUAAAGACAGUCAGAACGUGGACUUGUUCAGUGGCACGGACAAACACAAGUCGGAUAUGGGGCACCGCAACAGGAGUUUGGAUGAUCUGUUAAGGUCGAGCUCGCACGAGGAAGACGACUUCUUCAGGCAGAUUGGUAGCCGUAGUUCAGGAUCCAGUCUAGAGAACCUCGCCUCGCCUGUACCUAAACACGCCAACUCUGCGGACGAUGCCUUUAGUUCUGCAGGAACGAAAGAUCACUUUGACCCGUUUGCUUCUCGUGGAUCUCACAAGGCUCAGUUCGAUUUGUUCGCAUCUGAUAGUUCAAGCUCUCAGAAUCCUUCGGUUUUAGAUGACGUAUUCAAGACAUCGUCAAACUCCGCGAUGCAUGGCGGCCCCGAUCUUCUUGGCGAAUGGGGAGGCUCGUUCCAGGCAGACUCGGCUUUAAAACCACAGCAAAUUCCCUCGCCAGCUGCUACUCCGCCGCUGACCAGAAAAAAUCAGGAUAAACCAGAUAAACUGGACCCGUUUGCAGGACUUGGGCAUUUAGGAAUGCACAAGUCUUCAUCGGCUCCACAGUUUAAAGUAAAAGACAAGUCGCCUCAGAUGCAACACAAAGCAUUUGGUGGUGGGGCAUCGUGGGGCAAGCCUCAGCAACAGCCAACAUGGCAGAGCAGACAACAGCCACAGAUGACAACACAGAUGCCUCGGCAACCAGCACCGCAACAGCAACCAAAACAGCAACAACAACAGCGCUCCAAACCGAACUACGCGCCAACAUUCAGCAAGGGUGGAAACUCCUCUAGUGUGUUCGGAGAGUAUGGACUGAGAGGCUCACACAUGCCAAAGCGUGUUGGACAAGAUGAAUUUAGCGAUAUCCUUGACGCGCACGGCUUCAAAUCAUCGAACGUGGAGAAGGGUCCCGAGACACUGGGUGCCAUGGUCAAGCAGAUAGCACGGGAGGAGGACCCAAUCAAAGCCAAGGUUCGCGAGUGGGCCGAUGGCAAGAGAAGCAACAUCCGGGCUCUUCUGUGCUCACUGCAAAACGUGCUAUGGGAGGAGGAAGACCGCUGGAACCCCGUGGGCAUGCACCAGCUCGUACAACCCGACCAGGUAAAGAAAGCCUACAGAAAGGCUGUAUUAUGCGUUCAUCCUGAUAAGCUAACCGGCGAGCCCCACGAAGCUCUAGCCAGAGCAAUUUUCAUGGAACUCAAUGAAGCGUGGUCGUUAUUCGAGGAGUCUGGCUGCAAACCGCUAUACUGAGACCACGUGACACCACUGGAGAUCUCUGAACAAUCACUGGUCAGAGGAACCCACGGAAAGGAGUAAAGAUUCCCGACCCGGACGCGCAAUGACCUUAUGAUUGAUUUCUGUGCGACGCGCUAGCAUGGCCACGAAGUUAACCAAUUAAAACCAAUAAGUAUAAUAUAUAGUAUUAUCUGACAUUAACUGUCAAGCCAACCAACGGAAAACACUUGAGUGCAUAUCCGAUCACGACAGAAAUCCUCCUAGUUAUGAAGUAUGAAUUUCGUGGUAUUCAAAACUGUGAGCAUGGUAAAUUCGCGACUUUGUGCUAGUGGUCACGGUAGCGCGCGUCGCAUGGAAAUGAAACUUAUAAGCUGACUUAAAAUAAAUAAGUAAGAAGAUAUUAUAUGGAUAGAUUUUGAAACAAGCUUAGAUACUAUGAAGCACCGUUUUAUUUUAUUUUUUGAUUUCACGUCAUCUUCAAUGUUCAAUUUAUAAUUAUUCAUCCAUCCGGACUUAGCACAGCCGAAAUGCUGUGGUAAGCAUUAAUGUCCCUUAUCAACGAUGCAUUACAUUGUAUUCCUAUAUCAUGUAUAAGGGUUGGGUAGUAAUUAUUGAGUACCUUUGACAAGGACCUUCUAUUAAUUGUAGAAUAGCAGUAUUUUUAAUGACGAUAGUUCAUAGAUUAAUCACACAAGUCUUGUUGAAAAAUCCUAGAAAGGCAUCCUAGAAGGGCAUUCUAGGAGAGUGGGGGGAUGGGAGGUUGAAUAGAUGGGUGGCUUUUACAUACCACCACCCUCUUCCAAACAUCAUUAGGGACGUUACGCAGAUAGAACGACGAGUACGACAGAUCCGGUAGAAAACAAUGGAAGAUUAAAAGUACCAAACGUGAAAUGCA